AAAAGACAAAACCUUGAAAAGGAAAAAGUUAAAAAAAAAAUACCGAAAAUGGUUAAAAUAUGGAACAAAUGUACAGAGCCUCUUUCUGUCUCUCCUUCCUUUGAUGUGAAAAUUUGGAAAUCUCCUCCUUUUGGGGGCUCUCUGAACCAAAUCUAUCUCUAAAUUCUCUUUCUUUUUCUUUCCUUUUAAUUUCCUCAUUCCUAUCAAUUCCUCUACCACGUUCCCCUUACUGAUUCAACAAUUUCCCAUUUUGCUAAGCCAUUUUCUGAUGGUCUCGUCAUUAUCUUUUGGACAUUUUGAGGCUGUAGAUCCAACAGCAAUUCCAACUUGGUAACUUGUUUCAUUUUGGUUAGAUUUUUGUUCAAGUAUCUUGCUUUGAUCUGUGCUGUGCCUCCUAAUUUGUUGUUGUAGUAGUAGCAGUAGCUCCUUGCUAUUUCUCGGGAAGGUUCUUAGCUAAAAGCUUUGUAAUUUGUGUUGUAGAUGUGUUCUUGAAGUACCCAUUUCUCAUAUUGCUAAGAUUUCUCAAAAUUUCAGCAAUUUGUAUAGAAUUUUGGUGAAUUCAGCUUGUGGGUACUUUCCUUUGUGUUACGAGAACCUGUAAGAUAGCACUUAGGGUUUGUAAUACUCUUGUUUUCUUUCAAGCACUGUACUUUUUGUGUUGAGGAAUUAUACUUGCAAUGGAUUAUGGAAGAGAAACUAAUGUAGUCCAAGUAUUCACUGGGAGUAGUGUUGGGGGUGAUAUUUGGCCCGCUGAUCAAGCAGUUUGGGCUACUGAGGAUGAGUACCGAGUUUGGAAUAAUGGUGAUGCAUUGGCGGACACCAUGUCCAACUCGAAUUAUGAUCAAAGGCAAUCUCAAAGUCGCUCUGGAAGCGAACCCCCAAAUAAGAAAUCAAGGAACUCCCAAGAUGCAACUUCGUCUAACCGGUCAAAAGCCAUUGGGAAAAUGUUUUUCAAAACCAAACUUUGUUGCAAAUUCCGUGCUGCGACGUGUCCCUACGUCACUAAUUGCAACUUUGCUCAUAGCAUUGAGGAGCUUCGAAGGCCACCCCCAAAUUGGCAAGAAAUUGUGGCUGCUCAUGAGGAAGAAAAGGGGGUAUCUUCGGAGCCAAGGGAAGAAUAUCAAAUUCCAAUAGUCUCUACAGGUUAUGGUGUGGAGACUCAGAGGUCGUAUAAAGGGAGGCAUUGCAAGAAGUUUUAUACUGAGGAAGGCUGCCCUUAUGGGGAUAAUUGUACUUUUCUUCAUGAUGAGCAGUCGAAGAAUCGAGAGAGUGUGGCAAUAAGUUUAGGUCCAGGAGGGUAUGGUGGUGCUGCAAAUGGAGCAAAUAACAAGCCAUCAAAUUGGAAAACAAGGAUUUGCAAUAAGUGGGAAUUGACAGGAUAUUGCCCAUUUGGAAGUAAAUGCCAUUUUGCUCAUGGCGUUGCAGAAUUACACCGAUAUGGUGGUGGGCUUGUGGAGGGAGACGCUAGAGAGUCUUCUUCAGCCCCACCUGACAAUAAGCAGGGUGGAGUACCUUCUAAAACCCCAGCAGAUACUGUGGUAGUAUCAGUCCCGCUAGUUCCUCAUUCUGAUGUUUAUCACCUCGGAGUUCCAUCACAAAGAUCAUCGAUUGUAAUUCAGAGGCCUGGGCAGAGAGCCCAUCAGAAAUGGAAGGGACCAGACAAAAUCAGUAGGAUAUAUGGUGACUGGAUUGAUGACAUCGAAUAAAAUCUGGGAUCCUCGCUUCCAAAUGUUAAAGAUGUACUGCGGUAACUUACAUAUAUCCUCCAUGGAUUUAGAUAGAAAACUAGAUACCAAGUCUCUGCAAGAGAUUUUGGGAUCAUGUAGCUGUAACUUAUCUGUAGAAGUAGUUUUUGUUUCCUUGCUUCUAGUUUAGGUUUCAUGCCUGGCUUGGUGAAGGCACAGCCCAUCUGUUUCAUGUGCGAAUUUUGUUGUUACAAUUAGAACUUGAAGCUUGUAUCACUCUCUUAGUUGUCCUUAUUACCAUAUACAAUUAUGGGAUGACCCUCUUCGUCCAGAGAGACGACGGUCAUUAUCUUGUACCACUUUGUUCAAAUUAUCAAUUAAAAUAAUUAAACAUCUGGCGUUCACCCA